AUGUCCCUCAAGUACUACCUGAAUGACCUUAGUGAUAGUGACAGUGAAUCUGAAUCCGAAUGUGCAGAAGGCAGCUCGCCACAGGACGAGCAGAAUGGGUUCUACGACUAUCGCUCGCCACCCGACAGCGCCGACACGUCGAUAUUCGAGGAUACGGGGCGCUCUUCGAGUGAAAGACCCAUGUCGCCGACGGAGGUUUGUUCCACGGAUUUUGAAGAGAAGGUGCCAUUCUCUUCUGAACUCGUGGUCAUCCCGGAGUCGAUGUUGAAGAAGAGGGAGGAAUACGGGCGGUUUUUCAGUAAUUUCAAGAAGGCGAUUUACCAUCUACCUGCGGAUGAAGAGGAGUGGGAUCGGCAGGAGAGACUUCACCAGUCGUUUAUCGAGAUGUUUGGGCGGAAGUACCCUCCGGAGCUCAGCGAGAUCUUGAAAAGCGACGAGUAUUAUGAGAAGAGGUGCUUGGAUUUGGGAUGCGGAACUGGUUGCUGGAUAAAGGAGGUCGCCCGGGACUUUCCAUACUGCGAGGCUGUGGGGGUGGAUCUUGUCGUAGUGCCGGAUACAAGGGAUUUCCCUCCGAACCUGAGAUGCGAAAUGGAUGAUGUCAACUUGGGGUUGCAACACUUUUUCGGCCGGUUUGAUGUUGUUCAUGCUCGCCUUUUAUCUUCAGGGAUCAAGGAUUACCAGCUGUUAAUCGAAAACAUCGCCCGGACUCUUCGCCCUGGUGGCCUGGUAGAGCUUCAAGAAUACGAUUUUCAUAUUUACGACUGCAAUCGCAGGCGAUUCGAGCUAUCGACAAACGAACUCGCUCCCCCGUGGUGGCCUCGUUGGAUGACGUUCUUCAAUGAGGCUAUCAGGAAGAUGCAAGGGGACGUCGACGCCGCCACACAUUUGUUGAAAUGGGUCAGAACGCAUCCAGGUUUCGAGCAAGUCAGAUACGAAGAGCGCUGGAUUCCAAUCAUUCCCGGGAAUUUGGAUCCGCUGGAACCGAUGUACGCGAGGUUGCAAGCUGAUGUAUCGGUUUAUCUGCGGUCUGGUCGACCGCUCUUGCUCAAGAGCGGGCUUUCAGAAAUGGAAGUGGACAUUCUGGAAAACAAUGCGAUUCGAGAAUUUUAUGAGAGCGAGACUACUCAGUAUACGCGACUCCAAUGUGUCUGUGCUAGACGAAACAAUGCAGUUCUGGAUCAUCUUCCCCCUUCAUAUAACUUUCGCUGA